GAUUAUGAAACAGUAGCGCUGAUGAUUUAUCCUUAGAUAUGCAUCUUGUCUAUUUACAUUUCAAUGCUUUGUAAAUUUUCCUCGGCUCCUGGGCAUUCUAGAGUAAAAAGGGCCCGGAAGUGGGAUCACUUGGUUUUUCGCGGACAUCUCGGAAAAUAAUUAAGAUAGCGCUAUAAAUCCAAUGGCAUUCACUUUGUGAGCGCUAGGGAGUCAUUUUUCGAUAGUGAUAAGCAGAACAAAUAUUUUCCUCCAUUUCAAAUAUGUAUUCAGUAAUACGUCACAGAUAGUUCGUAUAAUUUUUUUCCAAAUUUCACCUCAGAAGACUAUGAUUGGAAGCCCACGUACACAAUGAUACUAGAUCGAAGGUGAUAACGAUUUUGAUAUCAAAUUGCCAAUCGGAGUAAUCAUUUUGCGCUACUGUUUGUCAAUCUCGUUUGGCCGUAGGGAAGUUCUUAUCAGAGUCAUAAUUCUGAUUGAUGUAAUAACGCUUCAUUGAUGCCCCAUGGAAUUUUGUUGAUUGCAUGAACAGCACCUAGACAUGCCAGUAAUUUUCAUUCGAUAAAUCAUUAUCAGUCGGUGAAGAUAUGUCGAAGGCAGUUAGUGUACCUGAGGAGACUGGAAAAUGGCGUCAAUUUAUAGCGACUAUUUUAGUCAACGUAUCAGUACUGGGAAGUGGAGUGAGUGUGGGGUGGAAUUCCCCAAUCCUCCCUCACCUCCAAAGUCCAGAGACCUCGGUGGGCACAAAACCAAUGACGGAUGACGAAACAUCCUGGCUCUCUUCCGCACUACCCCUGGGCGCCUUGACAAUUCUUCCCUUCUGCAGUGGAAUAGCCGAACGUUUCGGCCGGAAGAACACAGGAUUCUUCAUAGCUGCACCCCUCAUCACGUGCUGGCUCCUGACACUAUUUGCCAAUAGUUACGCUUAUCUCCUGGUGGCGCGAUUCCUCGCUGGAGCUGCCUGUGCCGUGUCCUUCUUCCUUGUGCCGAUCUACGUGUCCGAGAUCGCGGACACUAGUGUCAGAGGACUGUUCGGCAGUCUCCUCCUAUUUUCCUUUAGGAUUGGAAUCGUUGGGGGGUACAUUAUCGGAACUGUGGUCUCUUAUCACAUGUUCGCGGUUUGUGGUCUUGUUAUACCUGUGGUGUUCCUGGUGAGUUUCAUGUUCAUGCCGGAGACACCGAUUCAUCUUGUGAGGAAGGGGAAACUGACGGAGGCCAAAAGAUCUCUGAUGUGGUACAAGAACAACAAUAAGCUGAUUGUAGAAGACGAACUUCGACGUCUUCAGGCGCUGAAUAAAGAGUCCUUGGACGACAGUGACUCCGUGGGUUUCCGGGACUUGUUUCGCGACCGAGGAACGACGAGGGCAUUCAUCAUCGCUGUUGGGCUCGUAACUGGACAAGAAUUAUCGGGAAUAUCCCCAAUGCUCUCCUACACCGCAAAUGUCUUCAAAUCCGCCGACAUUUCAAUGCCGCCAAACCACGCGGCAAUAGUAGUUGGUGGUGUCCAGCUUCUUGGAUCCUGGUUAUCUACAAUGACAAUGGAACGACUUGGCCGGCGAAAGCUACUGUUUAUAUCUUGCCUCGCAAUGGCUCUCUGUCACACAGCAUUUGGGCUUUUUUCCUUGAUAAAGAGCUACGGCUACGACGUGUCCUCAUUAUCGGGGAUUCCCGUGGUAGCCUUGGCGACGUAUGGGGUCAUGUACUGUCUGGGCAUGGGACCAGUCCCCUUCGUCAUCAUGUCUGAGAUCUUCAGUGCGGAUAUCUUGAGCUUUGCGAGCUCAGUAGUGAUGGCACUCGGUUGGUCCGCCUCAUUCAUAAUGACGAAAUUUUUUCCACCGGUCAUCGACACCGUUGGCUUCCACGGAUGCUUUCUAAUGCUUGCAGGCAUGUGCAUUUACAUAUUAGGGUUCACGUAUUUUCUAGUUCCCGAGACCAAGGGGAGGAGCAUCGAGUCGAUCACCAAAGAACUGAAUGACGGGAAGAGGAGGAAGAAGAAAGAACCGUUUCCGGAAGCCGCUGUCGAGAUGAUAACCAAGAGUAUAAAUACGACUGAGUCUGAGAACAAGUGUUUGAUUAUUGCUGUUUCAACGACCUCUUCCCCUACAAUUUUGAUGGGCAUUACUAAUACAUGGAACAUGUGCGAGAGCUUGAAGAUUCAUUUCAGAUUGCUGAAUAUGAAGAAAACGGGCUAUCAACCGGAGCCUGGAAAGCUUUACCAAUUUAUUGCUGCAAUCGUAGUCAAUAUCAUGGCAUUGUCGAAUGGAAUUGUCCUGGGCUGGUCAUCACCAGUGUUGCCGCAGCUGCAAACUCCCGAGACUCCAAUCGGUUCAACCCCGAUGACGACAGACCACGUCUCCUGGCUGAAUGGAGUGCUACCCCUGGGGGCCCUGACAAUUCUUCCAUUUUGCAGUGUCCUCACAGAAAGGCUCGGCAGAAAGUUGGCCAUCCUCCUGGGAGCAGUACCUGCCAUUAUUUGCUGGCUGCUCAAGGUCUGCGCGAAUAGUUACAUCUACCUCCUUCUGGCCCGAUAUGCUGCCGGCAUGUCGAUGGCGAUGCUCAUGUUGAUGGUCCCGCUGUACAUCGCGGAGAUAUCCGCGGACAGUAUCAGAGGGCAACUGGGGUGUAUUCUCGUAUUCGCUGUUAAGAUUGGGAUAGUUAUGGGGUAUAGUCUUGGUGCAGCGCUGUCUUACAGGCUAUUUGCUGUCUGCGGAUUGAUGGUGCCUAUUAUCUUCAUCGGAUUAUUUGUAUUUAUGCCGGAAACACCGACUCAUCUUGUCAGGAAAGGGCUCAUCGAUCGAGCAACUAAAUCAUUGAUGUGGCUGAGGAAUAACGACAGGCAGACGGUGGAUCGUGAGCUUCUGCACCUUCAGUCGCUAGUGAAAGAAUGCCCGAGUAAUAAAAAGUCUGUUGGAUUCAGAGACUUGUUCCGGGAUCGUGGUACGACAAAAGGUUUCAUUAUAUCUUUGGGACUUUUAUGUGGCCAGCAAACCUGCGGUAUCUUCGUAGUGUCUCAAUACACCGCCUAUAUCCUGCAACAAGCGGAGAGCUCCCUGAAGCCGAAUACAGCGACAAUAAUUAUCGGUAUUGGACAGAUCGUAGGAUCAUGCCUGUCCACAUUGACGAUGGAACGAGCUGGAAGGAGAUCGCUCAUCUUCAUCUCCUGUGCUGGAAUGGCGAUGUCUUACUGCACAAUUUCCGGUUUCCUAUUCCUCAAGGAAUACGGCUUCAGCGUGUCAUCCUUCGGGUGGAUUCCCGUGGUGGCCCUGUCCUUCUGGGCGAUCGUGUAUUGUGUCGGGAUGAGUCCAGCUCCCUUGGUGGUCGCCUCCGAAGUAUUCAGUCCUGAUAUAUCCAGUUUUGCGAACUCCGUUUCCAUGGUAUUCAUGUGGAUUUGCGCCUUUUUGAUCAUGAAGUACUUCCCAAUUGUGAAAGAAUUACUCGGCUUAGACGUAUGCUUCAUAUUAUUAGCAUCAUUUUGCAUGGCUACAUUUGCAUUCACUUACUUCCUCGUUCCUGAGACCAAGGGACGGAAUAUUGAAUCAAUUCUUGAUGAAUUGAAUGGCUGUUCCGGGGGAUCGAAGCAGAAUGGACGACACGAGGCAGCGACGGAGAUGAUAACAAUUGAUAAAAAAAUUACCGUUUGAAUAUUAUAACUUGGGUAUUUGUUUCGCGAUGUGUAAAUAAUCGUGUUUAUUAAUUUUUUACUUUUGCAGAGGAAUAAAACAGAAGGAUUCAUAAGUAUUAACGCAACCAUGAGAUUUCACAGCAGUUUUAAUUGAUUAAUUUUAAAGAAAGAAUUGGAGAUGUAUUUUUUUUAUUUGACAUUUAUUUAGGUAAUAACUAGCCUUAUUGGAUUUUCCGGAUUUAUAAUUCGCAUCUUAAAUUCAAUGAAUGAAAAUGGAAAAUAUGUAGUGAGUUUAGAAUGUCGAUAAAAAUGAUUUUUAUUGUUGUUAUUAAUAGCA